AUGCUUAAUACUAUACGCACAUUCAAACACUCAAAGGUAAUAUUGCCACGCCGAUUAUUUGCAACGACUACUGCACCAGCCCCAACUUAUCAAACAUCAAUCUUACCUAAUGGGCUAACAGUGGCCAGUGAAUCAAUGCCUGGCACAAAGACAGCUACAGUUGGCGUUUGGAUAAAUGCAGGAUCGAGAGCCGAUAAUCCAAAAUCUAGUGGUACUGCCCAUUUCUUGGAGCAUUUAGCCUUCAAAGGAACGAACCGCAGAACUCAACUAAAUUUGGAAUUGGAAAUUGAGAAUUUGGGGUCGCAAAUCAAUGCAUACACAUCACGGGAAAAUACUGUUUAUUACACCAAAUGUCUAGCGGAAGACUUGAAUCAAAAUGUCGAUAUAUUGAGUGAUUUGUUGACUAAAUCAAAGUUGGAAGAAAGAGCUAUUGAGAAUGAACGAUAUGUUAUUUUGCAAGAGAGCGAUGAAGUUGACAAAAUGUACGAUGAGGUGGUGUUUGACCAUUUGCACUCAGUUGCUUUUAAGAAUCAAGAUUUGGGAAGAACCAUAUUGGGUCCAAGAGAUUUGAUUAAGACGAUAAACAGAAAUGAUUUAAAAGACUAUAUUAGUACCAACUACAGAGGAGACAGAAUGGCAUUGAUUGGUGUUGGGUGUGUUCAGCACGAAGAGCUUGUUCAACUAGGAGAGAAGUUUUUUAGCAAUAUCCGCAAAAGUGAUAAACCAUUCAAGCAAAGCGGUGACGAUUUACCUAUUUUCUAUGGGGAGGAGAUUAGAGUACAAGAUAAUUCAAUGCCUACUACUCAUGUAGCAUUGGCUGUGGAAGGUGUAAGCUGGUCAGCUCCAGAUUUCUUUGUUGCUUCUGUGGCCAAUGGUAUUAUAGGUACCUGGGAUAGAUCCAUUGGUGUUGGCUCAAAUUCACCAUCGCCUUUAGCUGUCACUGCGGCAACUGGUGGCCCUAACAAAACCCCAAUUGCUAACUCCUAUAUGGCUUAUACCACUUCAUAUGCAGAUACCGGUUUGCUUGGGGUCUACUUUACUGCCGACAGUACCACCGAUUUGAGGAUCCUUAUUGAUGCUAUUCAAAAAGAAUGGGGAAGAUUGAGUUUGGGACAUAUUACAAAUGAGGAGGUGGAGAGAUCCAAAUCUCAACUCAAAGCUUCGCUAUUAUUGGCAUUGGAUGACUCUACUGCUAUUGCCGAAGAUAUUGGACGACAAGUAGUCAAUACCGGCUACAGAUUAUCUCCUGAGGAGGUAUUUGCAAGAGUCGAAUCAAUUACCAAAGACGAUGUGGUAAACUGGGCUAACUACAGGUUAAAGAAUAAAUCUGUCGCAUUGGCAGCUGUUGGUAAUGUGAACACUUUGCCUCCUCUUUCAGAGAUUCAUAGAGGAAUGGAUUUCAAAUAG